AGAAUGUUUUGAUUUAACGCCAGCAGCAGAAACAAGGUGAAAGUUGACGUUUAAACAAAAAUAUUUGGAGCGAUGCAGUUUGUACAGAGAAGUGUUUAUAUGAGUUUGUAAUGUUUUGUCGUCGAGCGUCUCCCUCAGAAAGGUGCACCGGUGUGUGUUUGCUUGAAUGACCUGUCAACGAUGGAUACAGUGAUGGACUCUCAAGCCAGCAUGACCGAUGAACCCAGGCCAGAAGACAAAAGGAACGAUGUUCAACAAACGGAUGCAAAAGUGGAACCCCAAACGUCGGACCAAACUAAAGAUCGCAUACAAUCAGAGAGCACGCCCGAUGGCCUGGCUCGUCAAAAUUCAGCUGACUGUGGGUCUGCAGGUGAAGUGGAGGAAUCGCUUUCUGCAGAAAGCAGAAGUAACCAAGCUCUCAGCUCUAAUGGACAGAAAUCGAGUCGACCCAGCUCACCUGGACCUCACCCAGUAGAAACAACCUGUGUUGCUGCGCGCCCCACAAACCCAAAACUCAGCCUCUGUCUUAGUAACAGUCCCAGUAAAGCUGCCGGCCCGCCCAGCGAUGUGGAGAUGCUGAGUCCUGACAGCCCAGUAUGUGAAACUAACAUCAGCAAUUCAUCAGAUUUUUGUGCUGCUGGCGGCGUCUGUGCAGAAGACUCUGGAUUUGCAAAGGAUCCAGGUAUAAAAUCCCAUCAGGUUGUCAAAGAUUCCUGCUCUGGGGGUCCGACUAAGGACAAAGGCUGUCCAGUUGCCACAAGCACCGAAGAAGAAGAUGCGGAGAUGGCGGAGGGCAGUGGCUCAUCUAAUAUGAGCCAGGAGUUAACCGAGAGCCAGCCAGAUGCAAUUUAUAAAAGUGUUCCCUUGGCGUUUUGUAACUUGGACAAAACAUGGCUGGGGACUCCCAUAGAGGAGCUCAACAGAAUACCUCAGUGCGCUCCCCCUCUGUCUCACCUGAAAGCGACGCCAAAUCAUACCGUCACAGUCAGGACAGAUCUCCUCAGAGAGGGAGAGGUCCCCACCCCGUACCCCUCCAAGUUCAGAGAUAUGUGGGAUGAUAUGUCUGUUAAGAUGCCCUGCUCUGAGAAGAAUCUCUUUCCUCUGGAGACUGAGGAUGGAAGUGGUUUCCAAAGUCGGUGGGAGCUGAUCCAUACUGCCUUACGAAGAGGAUUCAAAAGUUGUCUGGAUGUCAGGGAUGCGAUACUGAGGUACAACACGGCCCAUGCAAAGAAAUGGGACUUCACUGCCUUGAACCUUUUUUGCACAGAGUAUCUUGAGCAUUGUGAGGUGCAACAGCUGUUUGAUUCCGUACUACCUGCUAUGGUCGACUUGGCACUUAGUGCUCCCCGCCUCUGCACAACGCCAAUUCCUCUACUCAAGUCAGGUAUGCACCACUCCCUGACUCUGUCUCAGGAGCAAAUAGCCUGUCUUCUGGCCAACGCCUUCUUCUGCACAUUCCCUCGACGCAACUCCCGCAGGUCGGAGUACUGCAACUAUCCUGAGAUCAACUUCUACAGGUUGUUUGAAAGUUCCUCUCCAAGAAAAAUUGAGAAGUUGAAAACUCUGCUGUGUUAUUUCAGAAGAGUUACUAGAGCAAAACCCAAGGGUCUUGUUACGUUCACAAGACAAACACUUACUAGUCCACCAGACUGGGAAAGUUCUCAGACUCAGCUGACACGCCUACAUAUCACUUGUAGAGGCAAAAUUGAGGAUGAUGGAUAUGGGAUGCUCCAGGUUGACUUUGCAAACAGGUUUGUUGGAGGUGGCGUCACAGGACAUGGACUGGUCCAGGAGGAAAUCCGCUUUCUCAUCAACCCUGAACUCAUUGUUUCUCGCCUCUUUACCGAAGCCCUGGAGCACAAUGAAUGCCUCAUUGUCACAGGAACCGAACAGUACAGUAAAUAUUCUGGUUAUGCUGAGAGUUACAAGUGGCAGGAGAGCUUUAAAGACGAGACGCCCAGGGAUGACUGGCAGAGAAGGUGUACAGAGAUUGUGGCCAUUGAUGCUGUCAAAUACAGACACUUCCUGGAACAGUUUCUUCCUGAGAAGAUAACCAGAGAACUGAACAAGGCGUAUUGUGGAUUUUAUCGAAGUAACAUCAACGUGAAGCACCUCCCUGCUGUAGCCACCGGCAACUGGGGCUGUGGAGCCUUCGGUGGAGACACACGGCUGAAAGCCCUGAUUCAGCUGAUGGCAGCUGCCCAGGCUGGGAGAGAUGUCGCGUACUUCACAUUUGGAGAUGCUCAGCUUAUGAGAGACGUUCAUGAAAUGCACACCUUCCUCACUGAGAGACGAGUUACAGUUGGGCAUCUGUACAGCCUCCUCAACCACUACUUCGACGAAGAGUGCAAGAACUGCCGCACAGCGCGCCCUCACGUCAGUCUCUACAGUUUCAUCUUUGAGAAAGUCUCUGCCCCGGCAGCGUCCAACCCCGAGCAGGACUCCAGCACGUCACGUGUGACUCCAGAACCUCAAUAAUAGGCCAAGGACUGCAACUCUGUUCCACUUUCUGUGUCUGUAAUACAAAAUACAACUUCACAAGUGUCAAGUAUUCAGAAGUCCUGUGCUCAAACUCACCUGUUCCCCGCACACACACACACAGACACACAGACUCCCUUUAGGUUUGUGGUCCUGACACAAACUACCAAAGCAGGGUUUUGCCUUUUCGCUGGUGGUAUUAUCGGAGCCUCGUAUUUGCGACACCACAUCUGGUGAAAGGUUUAUGAAACUUAUAGCAAUAGUGAAUCCUUGUUGCUCUUUGAGGCCUUUUUUUCUGAAGUGCGAUCCAUUUUUUUUUUCUUUCUUUCUUCAACACCUAUUACAAAUGUGGCCAAAUAUCCAUCAUAUGCAUGACUGUGGUAAAGCUUCACUGUUGAUAAUCAAAACCAUGGUUAUUUCCCUGCCUUUUCUCGUGCUUCAUUAUUUUUGCUACUUCUUUUCGGACAAUUUGUCUCCUGUUUUCUUGAAUGCGGAGAGAAUGAGAUGCUGUACUGUAGUCUAUGCAUGGUAAACAUUUAUUUAUCCCAUAUUCUCCAGAUGUUUGCUGCUCUUUUGUAUACUCUGUGAUGGUUAGGCUCUACAUAUUGUCUUUAAGGCAUAUUUCAAAGCGUCAACAAUAAUUACUACUGCUAGAAUCAUCUCAGAUGGAACAUACAGGAAAUUCAUGGUCACUAUCAUUGUAGACCUUUGUUACUCACAAGUAACACUUUAUAGUUAUCAAAUAUAAUCAGUGCUCAGCGCAGUAUUAUCACUGUAUUUAAUUAUAGAUGGUGAAGAGAUAAGGAAACGCAUGAAAAUCAGUAUUUUUAUCAAAGUUUUUACUGAAUGUUUGGUUUGGUGUGAGUAUGGUAUUUUAUUAUUUACCGUAAUUUCUUAAAAUUUGUUUGACUGGAUGAUUGGCUUACACUAAAAUUGGGGAUGUAAAUGUACUGUGUUGUAUUUUAGUUUGUAAUUAUAUUUUUAUCAUAAUUUCUUAAUUAAAACAUCCCAAAAAA